AUGUCCCCAAGGUGCCAGGUGGACGUGCUGGUGACAACGGCCGGGGGCGUGGAGGAGGAUCUCAUCAAGUGCCUGGCGCCCACCUACGUCGGGGACUUCGAGCUGCGGGGACAGGAGCUGCGCGAACGCGGCAUCAACCGCAUCGGGAACCUGCUGGUGCCCAACGACAACUACUGCAAGUUCGAGGACUGGCUGAUGCCCAUCCUGGACAAGAUGACGGAGGAGCAGGACACGGAGGGCGUCAAGUGGACCCCGUCCAAGAUGAUUGCGCGGCUGGGCAAGGAGAUCGACAACCCCGACUCCAUCUACUACUGGGCGCAGAAGAACGGGAUCCCGGUGCUGAGCCCGGCGCUCACCGACGGCUCCCUGGGCGACAUGAUCUUCUUCCACUCGUACAAGCGCCCGGGGCUGGUGCUGGACAUCGUGGAGGGCCAUUUUCGCCCGGCGCACGGCGCGGGGGGGGGGCUGGUGAAGCACCACAUCGCCAAUGCCAACCUCAUGCGGAACGGGGCCGACUUCUCCGUGUACGUGAACACGGCGCAGGAGUUCGACGGCUCCGACUCGGGCGCCCGCCCGGACGAGGCCGUUUCCUGGGGGAAAAUCCGCCCGGACGCGACGCCGGUCAAGGUCUAUGCCGACGCCUCCCUGGUUUUCCCACUGCUCGUGGCCGAGACGUUCGCCCGGAACGCGGGAUCCUUCCCGGAGCCGCCUCCCUAG